UUAUAAUACAUGUUAACUAAAAUUUUCCUGUAUGCCAUUUUUUUUUCUUUCAAAAAAGUAAACUAAUAAAAUCAUGUUAUCUAUCUUUACCCAAAAUUCAUGACAGAACUUGCCUGUAAAAGUGCCAUUAUACCUUUCAUUAGAGGCUUGUGUUCUGACCCCUGAUUAUCCCAGGAAGCAAGUAAAAGCUAAAAUCUCUACAAAGUUAACAAAAGAGGUCAAUGUGCAUGUGGGGUGUUGUAGUUUACAGACAUAGAAGGAAAAAAAGAUCCUUUGCAUCCUUUGGAGACUGCUUGUGGAGUCUAUCUUCCUUUGUGUGUAUGCUGCUCUGCUUUAUCAAUAAAAGCUGCUCUUGGUUGAUCUUCACACAUUCAAACAAGUUGUAACAGAUUUCAAAUUCUACGAAUGGAAAACAGGCAACAUCUGAGAAGGGUGUCAUUUACUGAUCCACAAGCACCAAAACAUCAUGGGUAUGCUGGUACUAGAGAUAACAAUGCUUGGAGCUGGCUCAAAAGGACAAAUUUUCAUUAUGAAGAUAUAGAUGAUGAGCAUGCAACUUCAGUUGCAGCUGCAGCAUUUGCAAUUCAUUCUCUAGAAGAAGAGGAAUCGUGCAAUUCGCAAAAGAUAAGAGAGGGUCCCAAAUCUUCAAGGACUCGAACUAUGAGAACAAAAGAGAACAUAUCUAGGAACCCAAGUUAUGCUGAAACUUCAAUGAAGAGGUCAUUUGGACAAGAUCCUAGGACAAAGGAAACAGCUCAUCCAGUUAGACGCUCAAGCAGUGUAUCCUCUCCAAUGCCUCCACCACCAGCUCAAGCAGUGCAUCGAAAGGAGAAAGGCAUUCCAAUACAACACAAAAAUGUCUCAACUGGACCACAAACUUGGCAAAAGACCAACAUAGAGAAGAUUCAACAGCGGUAUGAGAAGAUAAAGUCAAAAAUUCUUUCUUGGAAGUGUGUGAAAAAGAUUCAAACCAAAUUCCAGAUAGAAAGGAAGAAGAGAGAACUGAAGAAGAAAAGAGCAAUGCAAACGCUGAAUCAUCGGAAUAAGAUGGAAAGGAUAGGUAUGUUAUCACAAGGAUCAAGAGUUGAAGACAAAAGAAGAAAUGAAGAGUGGGAGGCCAGAGAAAACUCAAACAGAAUCAGGAAAACUGGCAAGGUCCCUGUAAAAUGUUCAUGUUUCAAUCCUAGAUAGAAUCAAACCUUAGAAUCAAGCCGUAUCUUCUCUCCAACCUGGUUUCAUGAAAUCCAGUUAUAAGUUUACAACAUACACAAGACACAACUAUGGUUGAUUAUAUAUACAGAUGAGAUUACAUCAAUAUUUGAUGUUCAAACUGUUGUUAUUAUAUCACAACUACUCAAUGUUCUGGUUGUAAUACAUGUAUUAAUGAAAUAAAAUUGGUCAUAUCUAGUUACAUUUUGUCCCAGUAUUCAAUUUGCAGUUGCCAUCAAUAUAGCAUAGGUGAAAGAGUAUCUUUUUGUUCUGGCUUUAAGUAAAUCCAUUUGAUAAAAUAACUAAAUGUGUGCUCAACUAUGUAUAACAUUUAUUCAGAAUCAUGAAAAUUAAAAGUAGCUGAGUUCCAUCAAAUGAGAAAAUGUUGAAGGGAAAGAAGUGAGGGGAGCUGAUUCUUGAAUGAUUAUUAGUGCAAAAUCUCUUUAUUAGCAACCACUAAAUCACUAACAGUACAAAAUAACAGUGAAAUCCCCUCAUUCACCAAUUCUUUAUUAGCAACCACUAACAGUACAAGAAACAGCAUUAACAAUCCCAGCUCAA